AUGUCUGACGGCUGGGGUUCUCCUGAGGGGAAGCCUAUGGCCCCUAAGCAAGCUGCUGGGCCUUCAACCACCGUUGCGCAGCAUCCUGAGAAGCCUGUUGCAGACUGGGGUCAGCCUGUCGCGUUUGACUACACUGAAACUGAUGUUGACCGCAAGUGGGGCAGUAGCGGCGCCAUCUACGAAUGGGAUGGCGACGAAGGUGAAAUCGGCCCUGUGAAUCCAGAGCUAGAGCUCGAGCUCUUCGGCCGCCCGGAGGAGCGACACUGCGCCGGCGUCGAUUUCUCCAAGAUCGCUGAGAUCAGUGUCUCCCAAGAGGGUGAGAAGCGUAUCAUCCCCAUCUCUAACUUCAAAGAAGCGGGUCUUCACCCUAUCAUGAUGAAGAAUGUUGAGAUGGCAGGUUAUAGAACACCGACCCCUAUCCAAAAGUAUUGCAUCCCGGCGAUCAAGAUGGGACAUGAUUUGAUCGCUAUUGCCCAAACCGGUUCGGGCAAAACCGCCGCAUAUCUGGUUCCUAUUUUGAACCAGUUGAUGGGCAAAGCCAAAAAGUUGGCUGCUCCCCGCCCACCUCCCGAGCAGUUUGAUAAUGGAACAGCCCAAUACGUGCGAGCUGAGCCUUUGGUACUCGUGGUUUGUCCUGCCCGAGAACUAGCAAUUCAAAUCUUCGACGAAGCGCGUAGAUUCUGCUACCGCACAAUGCUUCGUCCUUGUGUGGUCUAUGGAGGAGGACCGAUUCAGGAACAACUCCAACAGAUUGGACGAGGCUGCGAUGUCCUCGUCGCCACUCCUGGUCGACUUAUCGAUAUCAUGGAGCGCCCGCACCUGUUCACACUUCGUCGACUUCGAUACAUGGUGAUCGAUGAGGCUGAUGAGAUGCUCGACAUGGAUUGGCAGGAGGAAUUUGGGAGGAUCCUCUCCGGUGGAGAACAGGAAGAAGGAAAUGUGAAGUACAUGCUAUUCUCGGCCACUUUCCCUGGCGCUGUUCGCAAACUCGCCAAAGAUCACCUUGCGAUGAACCAUAUUCGCAUUCGUGUGGGUCGUAUCGGAAGCUCCCACGCAAACAUUUCGCAGGACAUCAUUUUUGUGAAGCAGGAGCUGAAGCGAGAAGCCCUUCUUGACCUUCUGCGCUCGCUCAAGGCUGGCCGAGCCAUCAUAUUCGUCAACAGCAAACGCACGGCAGACGAGAUUGAUGAUUUUCUCUUCCACAAAAAAUUUCCUUGCACUUCGAUUCACUCCGACCGCACUCAACGAGAGCGAGAGGACGCAAUGCGAGCGUUUCGCAUUGGAAAAACACCCAUUCUCGUCGCUACCGGAGUCAUGGCUCGCGGAAUUGACGUGCGUAACGUCCGCUAUGUUAUCAACUUUGAUCUUCCAAGUGCGGACCAUGGCGGUAUUCAGGAAUAUGUUCACCGUAUUGGUCGAACCGGCCGCAUCGGCUACACUGGUUCCGCCACCUCAUUCUACACUGAGCGCGAUGAGUCUCUCGCUGAGGAUUUGACCAAGAUACUCAUGGAAACCAACCAGCCGGUACCCGACUUCCUCCAGCAGUACAUCCCCGAGGGUGUGGACCCAAAUAACUUCCAAAUGGAGGACGAUAAGAGCGACUUUGGAGAAGAGGAGGGAGACACUGGAGACGCGUGGCAGACAGACGGACCCAAGGACGGCCAGAAUGUUGGUAGCGAUUCCUGGGCUGCUGGAGGUAACACCGGUGCAGACGACGCCUGGGGUGCUCCCGCGGCCGGAGGAGUCGCCGCAGAUGGUUGGGGAUCUGGAACCAAAGUCGAUGCCGCCGGUACUUGGGGUUCUGGUGGCAACUCAGGGGGUGACUCAUGGGGAAACGCGAACAAUGCGGAAAUUGACUGGUAAUCACCGUAUAACCACCACUCCAUUUGGCAUGGCCCUGACAGAGCAUUCGGGCAUUUCUGCCACAGUAUUUGGCAACUAAAUUUGCUCCGAGGUCGCGAUAUUUUCACAAGCCCCUAAGUAAAGACGGCAAAAUAAUGUUUCAUUUCGUUUCUUUGAGGGUUGGCACAAGGUAGGAACAUGCGUUUCUGGGUUUGAUAGUCCAUAGUGGAAUCUCUGAGUAGUACGAAUUGAUUGCUGCGUUAUGCCGUCCGAGAUAUGACCCACAACUACGGUAGAGGUCCUUAGCAGUAUAAUCAUGUUGCUUUCGU